AUCGCGGUAGCGCUCUCUUUCGGUCCCGUCGGUUUGAAACUGCCAGGUUUUUGCUGGGGAAAAGAAGAGCGACGGCUGCUCUUCAGGAGCCGUUCACUCGUGGAAUUGUCGAAUUGUCGAGGGCGUCGAACCGAAGGGCGCCGUUAUAGAUGUGCUAACCCACAACUACAGUUACGGGUGGGGAGCAUCAGUCUGCGAAGGAUGAUUUCCUCAUCAGGUCAACUUUUCUCUCUAGAUGUAAGCCCAGCUAUAAGAGCAAGUGUAACAAAGCCAUGGUUUUCCAGAUCCUGAGCACCAACCAGUUCCUAUUACAGGAAGUACUUUAAUGCAAGAUGUCAUCAUCUGAAGAGAAAAGUGCAAGUCCUGUUUUACCAAAAGAUUCUGAUCGAGGCAGUUCUGUCUCUUCUGAUCUUCAGGAUGAAUAUGAAGAGUUGCUUCGUUAUGCAGUAGUUACCCCUAAGUUUGAGCCAAGUGGAUUAAGACAAUCAGAUCAUAUGGAGGAUCAUCAGAUACCUGCAGGAAAGAGGCCAGGAAUGAGUGACUACAGGCAUGAAAGUGCAGGAGUGAAAUGGAGGUGCCAUGGAAGAACCCCAGAACUUGCAGCAGCUAGUCGAACAACAAGGAUAGAAGUUUCAGCGUCCGUAAAGGAGGCAGCUCAUAUGGAUAUGGAAAGACUUUGCCCAAUCCGUUCAGAAGAAACUACUUCACCAGGGUCCUCAUCUAGUCAAAGAGAUCUUCAUGGUCCAUGCGUAACUGACAUAAGCCUUUCAGAUGAUAGAGUGACCCACAUAGAGAGCAUUCUUGAUCUGUGGAGUGGCAGCCUUAAAACUAAUGUUUUGACUGAGCUGAGGAAAUGGAAACUUCAUUUUAUUGAACAUCAUACCUUAGAGAUGAGACAAGAAAGAGAAAAGCAUGCAGCCGAUGUGAGACAAUUGACUAAUCAGAUGGAGAACUUGAAGGAAUUGCUACAUACAUAUGAAAUUUCCUUAGGAAGAAAGGAUGAGGUAAUUGCAAAUCUAACACAUGCAAUUGAGAAACAAAAGGACAGGAUAGAGUUAAUGAAAAAAUUCACAAAAUGGCGACUUCAGCAUUUUUUGAACCAACAAAGGGCCAGAGAACAGUUGUGCGCAAACAGACUGGCUGAUCAGCUGUAUAAAUUAGGCUUGUUGAGGAAAGUCUGGGUGAUUUGGCGAUCCAGCUUUAAUACAAAAUGUAAAGAAACCAUGGAAAAGGCUGUUCAGUCAAGUGUGGAAGCUAUGCGUGCUGCACUCACCAAUGAGUAUGAAUCCAAACUUCAAACGGUAACUAGUUCACUUGAGGAGGCCAGAUCUGAAAUUAUUGAAUUGCAGAACCAGAGACAAGAUUAUGAAGAUGUCAUGAAGAAGGCUUUCAUGCGGGGUGUCUGUGCACUGAAUUUAGAGGCAAUGAGCAUGUUUCAGAGCAAAGAUUUCAAACUUGACCAGGUUGGAAGUCAGCCUGGCCCAUCAGUUAGAUCAAGCAUAUUUCGUCAGCAGCAGGAGCAAGUAAACAGUGAAGUGCGAAGUCAGCUUCAGCCUGGCCUAUCAACCAGAUCCAGCACGUUUCGUCAGCAGCAGGAGCAAGUAGACAGUGACGGCCCAUCAACCAGAUCGAGCAUAUUUCGUCAGCAGCAGGAACAAGUAAACGGUGAAGUGAGAAAUCAGCAUACUCCUGGCCCGUCAAACAAACCGAGCAUGUUUCGUCAGCAGCAGGAGCAAGUAAAUGAUGAAGUGCGAAAUCCGUUCCUGCCUGGCCCAUCAGUUAAAUCAAGCAUAUUUCAGCAGCAGGAGCAAGGAGACGGGGAAGUGAGAAAUCAGCUUCAUCCUAUCCCAUCAAACAGACCGAGCGUGUUUCGUCAGCAGCAGGAGAAAGUAGACGGUGAAGUGAGAAAUCAGCUUCAUCCUGUCCCAUCAAACAGACCGAGCGUGUUUCGUCAGCAGCAGGAGAAAGUAAACGGUGAAGUGAGAAAUCCUCUUCAGCCUGCCCCAUCAGUUAGAUCAAGCAUAUUGCAGGAGCAGGAGCAAGUAAUCGGUGAAGUGAGAAAUCCUCUUCAUCCUGUCCCAUCAGUUAGAUCAAGCAUAUUUCAGGAGCAGGAGCAGGAGCAAGUAGUCGGUGAAGUGAGAAAUCAGCAUACUCCUGGCCCAUCAAACAGACCGAGCAUGUUUCGUCAGCAGCAGGAGCAAGUAAAUGAUGAAGCACGAAAUCAGCUUCAGCCUGUCCCAUCAGUUAGAUCAAGCAUAUUUCAGCAGCAGGAGCAAGGAGACGGUGAAGUAGUUGAUCUACCAGAAAAAAGAGCAGAAUCUGGUGCUGGCACUGGUGGACCUACAGCAAAAUUUUCUUCAUUUCAGCCUAUGCCAUCAAUGUCCUCACUGCCACAACCACCACCUCAUUUUGCUCCAACGAUAGCUGGGUCUGCUCCUGCAGAAGAUCUGUUUUCUUCUCACCAAGGCCAUGCUGUAACAUCCCAAACCAGAUUAGACUCUGCUGCUGCAAUAACCUGCGGUGCUGCGACAGGAUCAGGCGCAAAGUGCAUUGCAAAACUGCCCAUGACGAGGGUGGUGACAUCUGCUCAACAAAAGCCUGGAAGGACAGUCACUGCGAAAAUCACCGGUCGUUCAGAUUUUUCAGGAAAGAAUCGUAUUUGCAGUAACUUAGAUGUCUUGGGUGUUUCGCCUCCCAUGAAUUCUGUUGUGGUGGAGAAACAUCAUCCUGUCACUCAGCAAACUAUAUCUCAAGCUGUUGCUGCUAAAUAUCCUCGAACUAUGCACCAGUCUUCUAAUGCUAUUGGUGUGAGACAUUUGGGACACAAUGGGAAAACUCCUGUCCAAAGUCACAACAACAUCCAGUCAAUAAAGGUAGUGGAGUAGGUUAGCCGGUUGAAACGCCUGUACUUUAUUUUAAGCACAUGAAGAAAAAUUUCCAGGUUAUUGUUUAAAAUGUGCUCCCUGGUGUUUGCAGAUUAAUGGAAUAAUAACCCAAGAUGCAUCAUGUUUUUCCUCUCAAUAAUAUUGUACAUAUAGAGAUAUUUGAAGUGUAAAAAGUGUGCCACUGAAGAUGGCACAAUGUAGUUCUGUGUAACUGCAAAUAAGGUAUACUUGAAAUUUUUACUUUCUUAAAACUUAUUAUAUAUCCUUAUUUAAUGUUUUUAAUAAAAAUGAAGCAUUGAGCUUGUAUAUUCUAAAAGGUAUUUCUGCUUUAUAUGUGAACGAGAGCAUAGAUCAUUUUGCCACAUUCUGAACUGCUACCUAAUUGCCAAUAUAGUAAUCAGACUUUGAUAUUCAGACAUUUUUUGGUUCUGCUAUAUUUUAUCUUCAGCCAUUCAUAGAACAGGAACAUACAUAGAAAUUUUACUUUGUGCAACAUAAAACUGGUUUAUUAGUCUUACUCCACUAUGGAACCGUAUACAAAUUUAAGCACUUAUUGCUGUUGCUGUUUACUAUGAUGGGAAUCCAGUUGUAUGUUUCCAUUAGUAUUAUUCACUGACAUCUCAACCCCAUUUGUACUUUCACCAAUUAUUCUAAAGCUCUCUCAGGCGUAGCUUUUAAGAAUGUACAAAAAUACCCCACCCCGAAGAGAAAAGGACUGACAUUAGAUACCUUAAUACCCUAAAUCUAGAUGAAUAAAUAAAUGCCAAUAUUUAUGUAAAAUAGCAGUGUGGUCAGCCUUCUCCAUAUUGGGAACAAUUUCUCCCAUUGCAAUUUGCAGUGGGAGCAAUGAAGAUUUGCAGUUUUAUGUUAAUGGAUUUUAUCUUUUAGCUCCAAAUACUGCUCCAUUCUUGCUAUCUCUUAUGCUAAGGGACCUCAGUUAGGAGUAAACACAAUAGAAUGUGGGAACUGAGGUCAGUGUUUAGAAGUAGACAAAGAAGCAGCAAUGAAGAAAGUAGUGGCUGUGGUGUGCUAAUGAUGCUGUACUAAAGAUCUCCCAAUCUGAGAGCAGUUGCCAUGAUUCUUCCAGUCAUAUUGCCCACCUUUAGUGAUCAAAUAGAUGCACCAAUAGGGAAAAACAACCUGCUACAUCAACUUGCUUCUCCCUAAGGUAAUUCUUAAGUAUACGUCAUUUGUACACCUAUUACUAAAUGGCUAACUGCAGCAUGAGGAGGUAAUCUGCGUUUGUAAAAUGGAUGCAGGAGCUUAAGUAAUAAAGCAGAGGUAAUGAAAGUGAUCAGACAAGUAAUAUACUAUGGAUUGGGCCAUGUAGCUAUUCAAGCUGAAAAGGAAAAUGUGAUCAGGGUAUGUUAGCCAUGUUAGCACCUUAGAUGCAUUUUUUGUAUCUCAACAAAACACAUAGCUGGCAUUAUUACAUUUACAGUCCUGUGCACUCAAAUCACUUUUUCGCCUUCAAAUCUGAAUGGCUUCAGCUGUAUCUUACGUGUAAUAUGUUCAGGACCAAACCAUAUUUACUGAGAAUUUUUUUUGUUACAUGCAAUAAUUGUUGAUAAAGGGGCAAAUGUGGUUUAAAUUGACACCAGGAAUACUAAACACUAUGUUUAUUUGCCUCGGAUUCCUAAUUUCUAAGGUACAGUAUAUUAUAAGACUAUAAAGUCUGGCUCAGGUUGAGCUUAGCUCCUGAUGACCACAUGGAGACAUCCAUGACAAUAGCAUGAAGUAUUUUACCAUGACCCAUUUCAUUCAUUCAUAUACACACUCACUCACACAUGAUAUUCUCAUUUGG